ACCCCGCGCCAUCAGAGCAGCGCUGAUGCAGUGAAAGACACACAAGAUGGCGGCGAUCGGCGGAUAGACGAACAUUCGCGUAAACACUCUAGUCGUGGCGUGCUAAUCUGAGAAACGACGAGACCCCGAGGAUCAUGCUGCUCGGAUCCGCUCGUUCUGGGCUUAAUUAACUGCUUCUCUGGGUGUAAGAUGACCGAUAGGAGGUAGCGUCGGGUUCAGGUUUAGGUUUAACGUUAGUGUUGUGAUACAAACUCUUGUGUUUCCGAGGGUCCGAUCAAAGCGGACCAGGCUCCGGCUCGUUUAGUGUGGAUUAGCGCGGGUUAGGAUGAGGCGAGGCAGUGCUAGCUUCGUGCGCUAGCUAUGCGUUAGGACUGCUAAGUUACUGCUGGUUCGGUUCGGUUCGGUUCGUGCGGGAAAGAUGAGCGACACCCGGCGGCGGGUGAAGGUGUACACGCUGAACGAGGAGCGGCAGUGGGAGGACCGGGGCACCGGCCAUGUGUGCUGCUCGGAGCCGGACUCGCUCACGGUCACCGGCGAGGCGGACGGCUCUCUGCUGCUGGAGUCCAAGAUCAACCCCGACACCGCGUAUCAGAAGCAGCAGGACACGCUCAUCGUCUGGUCUGAAGCAGAGAACUAUGACCUGGCCCUGAGUUUCCAGGAGAAAGCAGGCUGUGAUGAGAUCUGGGAGAAGAUCUGUCAGGUGCAGGGUAAAGACCCGUCGGUGGAGAUCACUCAGGACCCCGUGGACGAGUCUGAGGAGGAGCGUCUGGAGGAGCCGGAGCCGGGUCACCUGCUGGAGCUGCCGCUCUGUGAGCCGGAGCGUCUGGAGGAGCUGGCCGAGCUGGUGACCUCCGUGCUGCCCUCGCCCGUCCGGCGGGAGAAGCUGGCGCUCGCUCUGCUGACCUCGGGCUACAUCAGGAAGCUGCUGCUGCUGUUCCGGGCGAGCGAGGAGGCGGGCGACCGCCAGGGCCUGCAGCACCUCUACCAAAUCGUGCGCGGCCUGCUCUUCCUCAACAAGGCCACGCUGUUCGAGGUGAUGUUCGCCGACGACUGCAUCAUGGACGUGGUGGGCUGCCUGGAGUACGAGCCGGCGCUGCUGCAGCCCAAGAGGCACCGCGAGUUCCUCACCAAGACGGCCCGCUUCAGGGAGGUCAUCCCCAUCACCGACUCGGAGCUGCGGCAGAAGAUCCACCAGACCUACCGCGUGCAGUACAUCCAGGACAUCAUCCUGCCCACGCAGUCCGUCUUCGAGGACAACUUCCUGUCCACGCUGUCCUCCUUCAUCUUCUACAACAAAGUGGACAUCGUCAGCAUGCUGCAGGAGGAUGAGAAGUUCCUGACCGAGGUGUUUGCUCAGCUCACAGAUGAAUCUACAGAAGACACCAAGAGGAGAGAGCUGGUGAACUUCUUCAAGGAGUUCUGUGCUUUCUCUCAAACGCUGCAGCCACAGAGCAGAGACACCUUCUUCAAAACUCUGGCCAAUCUGGGCAUCCUACCAGCGCUGGAGAUCGUGAUGGGCAUGGAUGACGUCCAGGUGAAGGCGGCGGCCACAGACAUCUUCUCGUACCUGGUGGAGUUCAGUCCGUCGAUGGUGCGCGAGUUCGUCAUGCAGGAGCCGCAGCAGGCCGACGACGUGAGUGUGUGCCGCUCGGCUGCCGUUCAGAUGUUUGCCCAGAGCAGGAUGUUGAUGUGGUUGGUGUGUGUUCAGGACGUGCUGCUGAUUAACGUGGUGAUCAAGCAGAUGAUCUGUGACUCGGACCCAGAGCUGGGCGGAGCAGUGCAGCUGAUGGGGCUCCUGAGGACCCUCAUCGACCCCGAGAACAUGCUCGCCCCGGCCAGCAAAACUGAGAAGAGCGAGUUCCUGACCUUCUUCUAUAAGUACUGUAUGCACGUCCUGACGGCUCCGCUGCUGGCCAACACGGCCGAGGAGGACCGAGAUCUGACCGAGGGAGCGGCGAAAGUCAACCCCGUGUGUCCAGAUAACUUCCAGACGGCGCAGCUGCUGGCUCUGAUCCUGGAGCUGCUGACCUUCUGCGUGGAGCAUCACGCGUACCACAUCAAGAACUACAUCAUGACCAGAGACCUGCUGAGGAGGGUGCUGACGCUCAUGAACUCCAAACACACCUUCCUGGCGCUCUGUGCGCUGCGCUUCAUGAGGAGGAUCAUCGGCCUGAAGGAUGAGUAUUACAACCGCUACAUCGUCAAAGGAAACCUGAUCGAGCCGGUCAUCAACGCCCUGCUGGACAACGGCACCAGAUACAACCUGCUGAACUCGGCCAUCAUCGAGCUCUUUGAGUUCAUCCGAGUGGAGGACAUCAAGUCUCUGAUCGCACACAUCGUGGAUAACUUCUACACGGCGCUGGAGUCCAUCGAGUACGUGCAGACCUUCAAGGGCCUGAAGGGCCGCUACGAGCAGGAGAAGGAGCGCCAGAGCCGAGGACUGAGCCGGUACCGCAGGGACGCCCGCUCCUUCGAGGACGACGAGGACAUGUGGCUGAACGAAGACGAGGAGGAGGAGGAUGUGCCUGACGCAGGCCUGGACAAGGGCAAGAGCGACUACGGGAAGUUCAUGGAGAGCGAGAAAGUGAAGGAGAGUCAGGACAAGGAGAACCAGCCCAAGCGGACGGCGAGCGGCAGCUUCAAGUUCACCUUCUCUCACUCGGCGGCCGCGGCUAACACGACCAAUGGCUCCAAACCUCCCCCCUCCACCUCCUCCAGCAGAGCGGCGGCGCCUCCUCCAGGCCAGGCCCGGCAGACGGGGCUGGUGGGGCUCGUGGACUACCCAGACGAUGAAGAUGAAGACGAGGAGGAGGAGGAGGAGGAGGAGGCUGACGAGGAGCAGUCUCCACGUAAGAGGCCUCGUCUGAGCUCGUAGAGGCGUCCGAGCACACGUCCGGCCCAGCAGAAGCAGAGCCGCUCCAGGGAGCCGAUGGGGAGCUAGCAGGACUAGCCUCGCUCAUCCCGCUGAGAGCUGAAGCUCAGGCACCUCGCCGCAGGCUCACGUUCGACCGACAGCGUCUGGGGUUCAGGCUAGAAGCGGCUGCUGGUUUUUAAAACACAUUAAAUUGCAGUAAAUGUUUGAGUGUGGUGUGAAGACGCCGCUGAGGACUGAUGUGAGGUCAGCCGCGGCUCUCCAGAGGAGCAUCACCACGGACUCCAGCUUUCAGGCGGCUGCGCUCAAGAGCAAAAGCGGUUUUUGCUGUUCCCCUCGUUUUUGUACUUUCCUACUAGCGCCAUCUCCGUUGAAGAGCAUUUGUAUGAAUUUGAUAUUUUUUACGAUUUUCAGAUUAAAUUUGGUCCUGCAAUUAAACGAGCUAGUUCAGUG